CGCGGGAUCAAAGGUUGGUCUGUAUGUUUACCUAGUCAACCAUUCACCUGGCUCUUAUUAUUAUACACAAAGGCAAAUAUUGUCUAAAUAUGAAUUGUUCUUAAACUUGCUUGUGGCCGACACGCACAAGCGAUUUCAAUCAUCUAUAUACAGAUCCACAAAUAAUUUGCAGACUUUGGAAGCUUCAACAGGUGGUAGGAAAAGCUGGAAAGCUCAAGAGUAGGGAAAAUGGCUGAUUUCUUGUGUGGUUAUUGUGUUGGCAUCGCAGCCAGUUUGAUCAUAGUGUGGAUUCUGGUCUCCGUCUUGGCUUACAGCGGUUUGUUUCACCGCGUGGUCGUGAGGAAACUAUCUAACCCUGUUGGGAAGCUUCGAGUGGCGUACCUUUACAAUACGGGGCCAUAUCGAAACUGCGGACUGCUUUUCGGCCGGGUGAAUAGUGUGUCGCCUCAUGCGCGAUGUAUGGGCAUCUAUUACGAUGACCCAAAGACGACCCCUGAGAGUGAGCUGCGUUACAUGGUGGGUACGAUCUUGAGCGAGCACGAUGACGCAGUGGACGAUGAGCUCCAGAAGCGGUGUGAAGAUGACGGUUUUAGGGUGAUCGAGGUCCCUGCCAUCGUCGACGCCAUCGGAACCGAUUUCCCUUUCCGUUGGAUGCUGUCCGUCUUCUUUGCUAUCUGGAGGGUUUACCCAGCCCUUAAUAGGAAGAUCAAGAAAGAAGGAUUGAAUGCCCGCCCUUGCUUUGAGAUCUACGGAGAUGGAAUGACCAACUUCUACAUGCCACUUAGCAACAAUGACGCGUACUAUGUACCCGAGGCACUCAAAACAAAUCAACUUAAACUUGGUCAAAAUACGUAAAGGCAUUCGACCUUUAAUAUGACAACUGAUCACAGACCAACUUUAUGCAAUCACAAGCCGACAUCAUGUCUUUUCUAUAAUUUCUUCAACUUUCUCCUAAUCCGUUCACCCAUUUUAAUUCUUACGACAGGGCUCCUGAUACGUACAUAUUAAACACAAUUGAAACACACUUCUAUUGGGUAACGCUUGCCCGACGACGAGGAGCCGUCCGUUUAUUCGAUGUGAUUAUCAAAAUAAGCAUUCAACUACAAAAAAAAUCAUGGAAACACAAGUUUUAAUAUCACCUUCCUUGCAUUAUUUUAAAGUAAAGUGACAUCCUACCUGCACCGAGCGUUCCCAAACAUGGCGCAAAAUAAUAGUGUACAGGCUUUUAAAUGCUCUCCACUUUAGGAAGCCAUAGUUAUCGUCCCGACUUCCGAAUAUAUCUUUCUGUAACCAAAUAUCUGUUUUUCACUGAGAGCCCUAUAACAAUAAUUUUCUACGACAAAUAGUUCCAUGGUAAAAUACCAGAGAUAAAA